GAGCUGCAGGCUACCGUGCUGAGAGCGCCCUCCAGACUCCAUCCGGCAGGCUAUUCCUUGGCUCCCAGCCUGCCCACCUGAGCAUGGAGCUGGCUAGGAGAGUGGCUUUCUUCGGUCUGAUGGUCCUCUCCCUGUGGACCUUCCUGCCAGUGUCCGGCAGCAACGUUGCCCUGGACUGCUGCCUGAGGACGAGCCAAGUCCCCAUCCCCCGCAAAAUCGUGCUGGACUACGAGGUGCAGCGGAUCCACGACGGCUGUCCCAUCCAUGCCGUGGUGUUUAUCACCGUGAGGGGCAAGCUGCUCUGCGCCCCUCCCCAUGCCCACUGGGUGCGGCGGCUGACCGAGAGGCUGGAUAGUGUGUACCAGACCAAGAACAACCUCUGGAGUACGUAGACCCGGAGAAGCCAGCGGCUGGCCCACUGCCCGGCGAUGGGAAAGGGGCUGAGAGAGAAUCGUGACACCUGCGAAUGCUGCAUUCCCCUUUCAGCGUGUCCGGCUGCAGGGCAAGCAGCUUACAGCUCCUUUGGGACUGAAUCCGGUGUGACCAUACUGCACCCCCUUGGAGAUCUCCACUUCCUGCUCUCUGCUCUCUGCUCUUCCCUGGGGAGUCUCCCUUGGCUUCUGUGAUUUGUCAAGCUGAGUGCUGCUUAGCUGGGGACUGGGCUGGGGGAGCGCCCCAGGUCUGCCAGCUGCGAACGACACAGGGCGUGCCGGCUGGCACUGCUCUGAGCGUAAUCCGUUCCAGACUGAGGCGCUCUCACACUGAGCUGGGCACCUCCAUGGCUCCUGGGGGGGUCCCUUGUGGCACCCCCGGGAAUCAGGGAGGUCUCUGCACUCAGUGGCUUCAACUCAGCCGUGGCAGGAGAUGACUGAUGGCUGGUACAGCCUGGCUGGCUGUGCUGUGGCCAUGAUGUGAGAUGAGUUUGGUGGGUCUCAGCUCAGCCCCUAGUGGGCAGGUGCCCGUAUUACAGAAACCACAACUGGCACUGAAUGGCCCCCUUGUGGGCAGCAGACCAUGGACUGAGUGGGCCAAUGAGACUGAACCCAUUUGUCAGCCUAGACGGGUCCCAGCAGGGCAGGUGCAGUCGCACGGGGAAGGGACCGUGUGGGGGAGCCAAGUCCAGCUACUACCUGCGCUGUCCUGGGUCUCCUGGCCUGCCAAUCUGGCCCCGUUCUCCAGCCCUGCAUUCCCUGCAAUCCCCUCUGAAUUUUGGCAAAUUUGGGCACAAAGCUUGUUUUUCUUUUUGCCAACCCCCACGCCGACCAGCCUGCCCUGUGCCGCCUGACCCGAGCAACAGCCUGCCAGGCGCAUGGGGGAGGGCCAGGGAAGUGGGCAGAAAAGGAAGUGGGACAGACUAGCAGCUUUCGCUGUGGGCACACAUACGGGCCGUCCAAUCCCACCGGUAGCAUCCUCCACUGGCCGGGAUUAGGGAAGAGCCACCUGGGU